GAAUAUGCCAAUUGGUAGAGUGCUCAAGCUUAAUUUUUAGCACAUCUGCUGCACCCCAAACCUUCUUUGUUCCAAGUGUCGGGUACUUCCUUGCUAUUGCUGACACGUAUGCCUCUACUUCUUCAUCGAUUGGGGGCCUAAUGAUUGAAUUUGGGUGUUUUUGCAACACAAAAAGAAGGACUCGUCUAGAAAAUCUCAACCAUCUGUACAGGGGAGUGGAGGUAAGUCCAAAUACCAUAGACAAGGCCCUAGCUGCUGAUCCUCGCAUCCUGUACCAAGUCAACACCAAAGCUAGCCCAACAGUUGGGGUUAUCAGUCUUGGUUUCCCCUUGGGUUUGCCUUCCUUCGUAAAUAGCCAAGGUCUGAUUUGCUCAGUGUGUCUGUCCACAGUGUACAUAUCGAACACUGGCUUAAAAAUGGAGAGGAGCUCCCUAAAGACAGGAUGGUCUAGACCACAGCAAUUUAGCAGAGCCUGGUCAUCUCCAGAACMAAACAGAUAAGUGAAUGGGGAUUCAGUACACCCCAUAAGUGCAAUCCUUGGCAUCCUCCUGUCUCGUCGGCGCUUGUCGUGAAGGGACAGCCGAUGGCUGCUGGAGAGCCCAGCACCAUGCAAUUAAAACUAACUGAAAGGAGGACAUUUUUCCUGUGAAGGAGCAAUCGAUUGCCAAAUAGUGAGGGUAGGGACUGUUUUGUGCUGGUUGUUGGUGUUGUUCUUUYSGAGGAGGAUUCAAUUUUGGAGGMGAAGGAUUUUCGAGGAUUCUGUUUCCGAAGUUUUGAAGGCAGAGCUGGUUUGGUGAAAAUCCCAAAGUUCCCGCCACUUUGGAAUUUUGUGAAAUAGCAUGCAAUUUAUACAGGAUUCCAAAUUCCAAAAAUGGGGGGGGAAUAUGUAAGAUGAGCUGUCUGUCUGUGUCUUCUGUACCACUGAAUGUGAUUCCUGAAAACAUACCGCGAUAUAUGUUAUCGGGAAUGACCCAUUCCCUCUUAUCUUCCCGCCAAUCAACUCACCGUUCUAUGUACGUGCGAGUACGAUACCGUACUUAGCUUUUGAGAAAUUUAAUUCGAGAAAUUUUUGUUUUUGUGAGUCAGCAGCGUGUUGGUGAGUCGUGCAUGCUCGUUGCUUGUCAUACGGUAGAAUGUUUGACAAGACGAAAAAAUUAUCGAAGACCCAACAGUAGGUUCGGUACGUACUCGUACGUACCGAAGGAAUAUCCUACAAAAUACUUCCAACUUCUCAUACUAUUGAUCCAAAAAACACAUUGACUUGCUUUGUCUCUUCGCUUGGCUAAUCAAUCGCAUUGAAAAAAGAUACACCAUGGUAGUUAGCACAUCCGCAUUGACGUCGGCGUCGACACGAUGUUUUUGGGAGACCUCUGAAGUCGUUGAUGGUUCGAAAAAGAAGAAGAGAUCAAACCAAAGGAGCAAGGCAGCGGUCUUUCUGCAUCGAAAGCGAGUGGCGUUGUCGUGGGCCACAGCAAUGGCGACAAUGCCCGCGAUAUUCUCUCCCUGGCAUGGACCAUCUUUCGCAGAGGCGUUUGCGUCACCGGGGCAACGGACGCAGCAGAGGUCGCGGGGGACUACUCGACGAGCCGCAAACAAAACGGAGAUGGAGAGAGUUGGCACGGUGCAUGGUAAAGACGUGUCGGAGCUGUAUCCGGAGAAUUUUUCCGAAACAAUGCUGCGCAACGUAUUCGGCUUUGGGAACCAUCCGCAAUGGAAAGAGCGCGUGACCUACACGGACGCGAAUGGGAUUGUUCGGCCGCCCCUGGAUUCCAUGACCGGGAGGGUUGUGGUCAUUACCGGUGCCUCUUCGGGGCUGGGACUAGAGACCGCAAAACGCCUAGCUAUGGCCGGGGCCACCGUUGUCCUCACGGCCCGGACCGCGGAUCGGGUGCGGUUCGCUGUGAAUGCCGUCCGGGACUACUGCCGUGGGCGCGGCAAUGGGAACAACGAACGAAAAAAUAUGGAUCCGGUGGUGCGUGGAAUCGAGCUCGACCUGGACGAUCUCUCGUCGGUCCGGUCGUUUCCCGAUCGGUACAAAGACUGCCUGCUGUCUUUGUCAAAAAUCACCGACCGGGCCGCGGACGCCAAGGCGAAAAUGAAGCGCGCCAAGGAAGGGAGAAAGUCUAUUCCGCCACCAAGCGGGACCAAACCGAUCGAUGUCCUGGUCAACAACGCCGGCGCCGGGGGAUUCCCUUCGCGGGAGCUUACGGUGGAUGGCUUCGAACGGACCUUCCAAUCCUGUUACCUGGGGCACUUUUUGUUGACGGCGAGCCUCUUUGGGGAGGGCCUCUUGAAGGAGAAUGACGGCGAGGGAGAGGGCUGCUGCACGGUAAUCAAUGUGUCUUCGUUGGCUCACAGGGGUGCACGGGCCAGUCACGGGGAGGGUAGUGAAGACGCUGCAUUCGGUUUCGAUUUCGAAAACAUCCAGUCUGAAAUCGCCUAUACCGACGACGUGUAUUCGCAGUCCAAGCUGGCCAAUAUUAUGUUCACGAAAGAACUCGACCGGCGCGCCAGCGGGCGAUUGAGGUCCGUCUCUCUCCACCCGGGCAUCAUCGCCAGCGACAUGUGGAGGUGCCUGGAUUCCUUUGGGUACGACACCAGGAGCUACAACGAACGGCUACGAAACGGUGAGAGGCUUGGAGAGCAACCUGCGGGCAUGGGCUGGAUGGAACGUGUGAUCAUCUCACCGUUCUACUUCAGCGUAAUGACGCCAGUGGAACAGGGAGCGAACUGCCACGUCUAUCUGGCCUAUGCUGCGGCUACCGACUUCGAUGGAGAGAGUGUUCAGAGCGGACAACACUACGGCGAGUUCGGUACACCCGAGCCUACUCUAGACUUUGCCAGCGACGAAGAUUCUCUAAGACGGUUGUGGGAGGUGAGCGAAGAGUUGGCAGGAAUCCGAUUCGAUCCAUCUUGCUAAUCCAUGGUAUUUGAAUGAAACCAUCUUGUGUAC